ACACCGAGCCCCCAACAUCCGCGCGGCCCUAGGUCUCUGUCGCAAAAGCCAAAUCUCCAUCUUUUCUUCCAUCCAAUCCAUCUCGCCGCGAGAGGAAAUCAAAAUCCCGAGCGAACAAUCAAUCCCGUUUCUCUUUGCUUUGCAUCCCCCGUCCUCCUCCUCUUCCACCUGAAGCUUUUCUUUUCUCCUUUCCUUGUUCUUAUCUUCGUCUCCGGUGGCGAUCUUUGCUGGGCGGAGGGAGAGCUGCUCGGCCAUGGCAUUGCCCGCCCGCCUCGUCCGCGUCGCGCUGCUGCUGCUCGUCGCGCUCUCGUUCUGCGCCGGGACGCAUCACGCUCCCCGCGAGUUCCACAAGGCGCUCGGCUCGGGUUCAGAUAAGUUUGGCUUGGUGGCGAGAAGAUCAAUUGCUGAAGCUCCUGCUGACAUAAAUGUCACCACCAAUAGCUCCUUCAUCCUGGCGGAACAUCGGACAUUUCGGAAGGACCCCUUGAAUUCCUUCGAUAGAUAUACAGGCGGUUGGAAUAUCAGUGAAGUGCACUAUUGGGCUUCAGUCGGAUACACGGCGUACCCAUUGUUCGUCGUUGCCUUGCUGUGGUUUGUGCUAUUCUUUCUUCUUAUGAUUGGGAUUACCUGCCAUCAUUGCUGCUGUCCACACCACAGUUACAGUUACUCGAAAGUAGCAUAUGCCCUUUCACUGAUACUCCUGAUAUUAUUCACCUGUGCUGCAAUUGCUGGAAGUGUUGUGUUGUAUGAUGGCCAGGGCAAAUUCAAUUCUAGCACGACGACCACCUUGGAUUUCGUCGUCAGUCAGGCGAAUUUUACUGUCGAAAACCUUAAUAACCUUUCAGAUAGUCUAUCUGCUGCAAAAAAGGUUGACAUAGGACAGUUCUUACUUCCUCCAAACACGCUGGGUCAGAUCAAUGAAAUUCAAGGAAAAUUGAACUCAUCAGCUACUGAUCUUGCUACUAGAACAUCUGAUAAUUCUGAGAAGAUCCGAAAAUUGCUAAAUCGCGUGCGGAUAGCUUUGAUUGUCAUUUCAGCAGUAAUGCUUUUUCUGGCAUUUGUUGGCUUCUUGGCAUCCAUCUUUGGCCUGAAAUUUCUUGUCAACAUUCUGGUGGUUUUUGGAUGGAUAAUGGUAACUGGGACAUUUAUCCUGUGUGGUGUAUUCCUUCUUCUUCAUAACGUUGUUGGUGACACUUGUGUUUCCAUGGACGAGUGGGUUGCUCAUCCAACAGAACACACAGCUCUGGAUGACAUUAUCCCCUGUGUCGACCCGACUACCGCGAAUGAGACCCUGACAAGAACCAGGGAAGUCACAUCCCAGCUAGUUAAUCUGGUGAACCAGGUGCUCACCAACGUGUCAAACAGAAACUUCCCUGCAGCGGCAGCACCUUUCUACUACAACCAGUCGGGGCCUCUGAUUCCUCUACUCUGCAACCCCUUCAUGGCUGAUCUGAGCAACCGCACCUGCACCCGUGGAGAGGUUACCUUGGACAACGCAACCCAGGUCUUCAGGAGCUUCGAAUGCCAGACCAGGACCGUCUCGGGAACCGAGAUCUGCACCACGGUGGGACGUCUCACACCGAGGAUCUUCGGGCAGAUGGCGGCCGGCGUGAACGUGAGCCUGGGGCUGUACCAGUAUGGCCCAUUCUUGGUCCAGCUGCAGGACUGCACCUUCGUGCGUGACACCUUCACCAACAUCAGCCAGAACUACUGCCCGGGGCUGGAGAUGCACAGCAAGUGGGUGUACAUCGGGCUGGCGCUGGUCUCCACGGCGGUGAUGCUGUCCCUGAUAUUCUGGGUGAUCUACGCGAGGGAGCGGCGCCACAGGGUGUACAACAAGCAGCACAAGCACGACCCGAUGGGCGGGAACGCCUGAUCCACGACGACCGUUUGGUUGGUUGGUUCGUUCGCCAUGGUCGACGUCAUGAGUGUAGAGAGUAGCUAGGACGGUGUGCGUGGACUUGACUGUCGCCUGUUGAUUGAUUCUUUUUCGGGUUUGUGAAUCUGAUGCGUGCUAGUAUUUGUUUGUGUUCCUGCCUCGUUGAUGUACAGUUGUGGUUUAGAAGGAAGGAUUUGCCUGUUGAUUGUCUUGCUUC